AUGUCUUUGGUUAAGCUUCCUUUCCUUGUCUCAGGCUUGAUUACGACGUACACCGUCCAGACGCCACCACACGCCCGCGUUGCCUCUAAUCAGCGAGCGAAAGACGUCGGGUUGCACGAACGCUUCCUGUCAACCACUGCUCGCCUCAAUGUCGAGAUUAUAAAGGCCCUGACGUCGAUCCCACUGCUCAUUGAAGCGGCGGUCAUCGUUGCGAAUCGCUUCCCCUCGACGCCAUUGUCGCGAUGGAUCCUGCGCAUCUUCACACGUGGCAAUCCAGGCGUCGUCCAGCGGCUGGUGCUCUCACCGGCAUUCCUCGCUGCCUGCGUGGUCGGAGCCGCAGGCGGGGUCUUCCGCUACCAGUGCUACCGCACUCUCGGCCGCUUCUUCACGCUCGAGCUCGCCAUCCACGACGGGCACAAGCUCAUCACCGAGGGCCCGUACCGCUACGUGCGUCACCCGAGCUACACCGCCUGGAGCACUGGUGCGGUCGGCGUUGGCCUCAUGUCGCUCACGCGUGGCGCGUGGUUCCGCGAGGCGGGCCUGCUGGAGACGGGAAUGGGGAGGCUGGCAUGCGCGUUCGGCGUCAUGUACGUCGUGUAUGGCAUGGUGGGACUGAUGGUCCGCGUGCCCAGUGAGGAUGCGAUGUUGAGGAAGCAGUUUGGGGAAGAGUGGGAGGCGUAUGCGCAGCGGGUGCCGUAUCGCAUGGUGCCUUACGUGUUCUGA